AUGGCGAUGCCUACCAAGGUUGUUUCGCUUGGCAAGAGCCACACGCGGAGGGGGACCGGGGGGCGGGGCGAAGCGGGCGAGGGGCGAGGGCUGGAAGCUCGUUACCUUCCGGGGCGGAGACGGGCAGCCGUGCUGGGCGGAGUCCCGCAUCCACCACCGGAGGCCGGGCAGCCCCGCCGCAGAGCCCCCGGCAGCCGGGCGAGGGACGGGAUCCCGGGGCCGGAGCCUGCGGCCAGGGAGCGAGCCGGGGCUGCCGGCCCCCCAUGCCCGCCUGAGCCCCGGAGCGGCAGCGCAGCGCCGGAGCCUGCGCGCGCCGCUGGCGAGAGCGAUGCCCGUGCGCCCCCGCUGCGCGCCGGCCCGUCCCGGACCGGGAUGAAGGCCGCGGAGAAAAUUCUGAAGAAGCAGGAGCUCCGCAGCACCUGGCGGGCGGGCGGGCCGCGGGCCGGGCUCGGGGUCGGGCUCUGCCCGGGGGGGCUGCAGCGGCCGCCCAUAGGUCUCCCGCCUGCUGCUGCCCGGGCUUCCUCCGGGAGCCCGUGGCGCUGGAGCCCGCGGGAUGGAGCCGGCCCGGCCCGGCGGCGACGGGCGCUGGGGCUGGAGCUGCGGCCCCCGGACGCCGCUCUCCGAGCGGCGGGGAGCCCCGCCGCUGGAGUCCCCGCCCCCGGCCGCACCUAUGCUGGCUGGCCCCCGGGCCGCCCGACAGCCCGAGGCGGCCUGCUUGGGGAGCUGCUGGAGGCCGGCUCGGGGGGCGGCCCGACCUCGCACGGCCAGGGCUGCGGCGCAGAUGUGCUACUGGACGACGUCAUCCUCACUCAUUCGCUCUUCCUGCCGACCGAGCACCUGCUGCAGCAGCUGCACCAGCACUUCCUGCUGGCGUCGGGGGGCCCUUCGCCCGGCUGGGAGGAGAGCGACGCGCUCCCGAGGAAGCGGGCCGUGCUGACCGUGCUCCUGCACUUCCUGGAGACCUACAAGGGCCUCCUGCAGGAGGAGGAGAGCGCUGGGAAAGUCAUCAAGGAUCUCUACCUGCUGAUCAUGAAAGACGCCUCCCUCUACCUGGAGCUGGAAGACGAGAUCCUGAGACUGCACCAGCUGGUGGAGACAGUGGAGCUGAAGGUGCCCGAGGAGACCCCGCCACCCAGCAAGCAGGUCAAGCCGCUUUUCCGGCACUUCCGGCGCAUCGACUCCUGCCUCCAGACCCGGGUGGCUUUCCGCGGUUCGGAUGAGAUCUUCUGCCGCGUGUACAUGCCCGACCACUCCUACGUCACCAUCCGCAGCCGCCUCUCGGCCUCGGUGCAGGACAUCCUGGCCGCGGUGACGGAGAAGCUGCAGUACUCGGAGGAGCAGAGCGCCCGUGAGGAAGCCCUCGCCCUGGUGGUGGUGGCAUCGUCUGGAGAGAAGGCCCUGCUGCAGCCCAGUGAGGAGUGCGUCUUCACCACGCUGGGCAUCAACAGCCACCUCUUUGCCUGCACGAAGGACGCCAUCGAGUCGCUGGUCCCGCUCCCCGAGGAGAUCCAGGUCUCGCCGGGCGACACUGAGUUCCACCGCGUGGAGGCCGAGGAAAUAGCCAAUCACAUGACGGCCUUUCACUGGGAGCUCUUCCGCUGCAUCCACGAGCUGGAGUUUGUGGACUACGUUUUCCACGGGGAGCGGGGCCGGCGGGAAACAGCCAACCUGGAGCUGCUGCUGCAGCGCUGCAGCGAGGUGCAGCACUGGGUGGCCACCGAGAUCCUGCUGUGCGAGUCGCUGGGCAAGCGUGCACACCUGCUGAAGAAGUUCAUCAAGAUCGCAGCCAUCUGCAAGCAGAACCAGGACAUGCUGUCAUUCUACGCCAUGGUGAUGGGGCUGGACAAUGCAGCCGUCAGCCGGUUACGGCUCACCUGGGAGAAGCUUCCAGGCAAGUUUAAGAACCUGUUCAGGAAGUUUGAGACUCUGACGGACCCCUGCCGGAAUCACAAAACCUACCGGGAAGUCCUCUCCAAGAUGAACCCGCCCCUCAUCCCCUUCGUGCCCCUCAUCCUGAAAGACCUGACGUUUGUGCACGAGGGCAGCAAGACGCUCCUGGACGGGCUGGUGAACGUGGAGAAGCUGCACUCAAUCGCCGAAAAAGUGAGGACAAUCCGGAAGUACCGCAGCCGCCCCCUGAGCCUGGAUUUGGAGGCCUCGCCCAGCCAGCUGCAGACCAAGGCUUACGUGCGGCAGUUCCAGGUGAUCGACAAUCAGAACCUGCUCUUCGAGCUCUCCUACAAGCUGGAGACGAGCAGCCAGUGACAGCCGGGGGGCGCUGGGUCUGUCACACUACAGCACUUUGCCCGGCCGCUGCCCCGGCUCGCCCCUGUGCUUGGGGAGACAUGGGGCCUGCUGCUGCGGCACUUUUGUGGUUUACAGAGUCGGUUGGACUUUAAACACGCGGCCCUUCCCCCUCGGGGGUGGGGUGGGGGGCGACACCUGCCAUGCAGAUGGGGUGGGCUGGGACUGGCUUUCGGUCUAGCUUUAAACUCCAGCCCAGGGGGGUUAUGUGGCCCUCAUAGCGCUCUGGGGCUGGGUUUCUUUUCCCAUUAGACUCCUCUUGUCCCCCAGCUUCUCCCCCAUCUCUGCCCCUCGCUUACCUACGCCAAGGGCAGGGGCCCCAGUCUGUCUGGGCCAGUGCUAAAGGCAAUUGUGUAACCCCAUUGGCUUUAAACCCUGCCUUUCCGCUCCACGGAUCCGCUCGUGCCCUGAAGCAUGGCCCUGCCCUGGCCCCCAGCCACCCUCCACUGCUAUAGCAGGGACUCUUCAGCUGGGAUGAAGCCAACCCCCCAUCCCAUCGUGCCCCUUGAUGGAAUGGGAGCCACUCCCUACAGCCAGCUGCAUCUGGCCCCAAGGAGCCCAUGGUAGCAUGCCGAGAGGAUAGCAGCCCUGCAGGAGUGGGAGUCAAGUGUGGGGUGAGGUGGUGGCGGGGGAGCCCCAGAACUCUGUUCCCUGCAAUUCUAUUUUUGUACCUGUCCUUUUUGUCAUGCUGUAAACUCCGCAAGGAGGUUCUCUUUCUAUAUAUUCAGGGUCUUUCUGUUUGUCACUGCUGAGGGUCUCGCCUGCGGCCUGGGCGGCUCCCUGGCCU